UCGCGCGUACGAUCCAUCAAAUACCAGCCCACCCAGUGCUAUACCGCACCAACUCCCAUCUUGAGCCAGGCAGACUCGCCAACUUCUCGACAUAGCUGUAGAAGAGAACUCACGAAAUCGACACCGAGAUGGCGCUCAACUACGCAAUGCUCAGCCCCGCACGGGCCCCCAUCCCGCUCCCAAACGAGCUGACAAUCAGGGACCUCAACGGUGGCGUCGAGCUCUCGCUCAGCAUCCCAGAUGCCCCGCCCUCCGGCGCGUCGAGUUCACUAGCAGGAGGGUUGGGCGGUGCGAAGAAGAUGAAGGAUGUUGGCAAGCUGUGGCUUACCGACCAACGGCUCAUCUUCGUGUCCGACAAUGGAAGCAAGUCUGGCAUCGAGUCGCUGUCCGUGCCGCUUCUGUCCCUUUCAUCGACCAAAUUCGAGCAGCCAUACUUCGGCUCGAACUACCUCUCCAUCGAGAUUAAACCUUCGCCAGAAGGCAGGCUGACGGACGGGACGAAGGCAGAGAUUCGGUUCAAGGACAAGGGGCUGUUUGAGUUUGUGAGCGCGCUCGAGAAGACGCGAGAGCGGGCGAUCUACAUGAAGAGGCAGACCGCCGAGGAAGACGAACUCCCUACCUACACGCCCGCGGCAGACGCAGGUUCCUCGUCGUCAGCAUAUGCUUCGAGGAUACCGGAUGACGCCCCGCCUGGGUACGAUGAUUAGAUGGAAGUCUCUUCUCGCUCAUGACUGCUAUACAUUCCUACGAACGGCCCGGAUGGAUGUAACAUUAUCUGUACGAGGACAAUUACGU